CAUCACUCACUGGUGAGCAAAACGAUAAAUCAUCAUCAUCAAACAUGGCCGCCGCUCAUCUCAAAAACCCAUCUGUGCUACAGCAAUACCUGGCGUAUCUAACGUGGUUUAUGCUGAUCGUAUUACUUAUAGCACCCUCAAUAUUCGUAUCUUCGGAGGACAUUGUGAAGACUCCAGUAACGACUGCUUUGGACACUUACGUUGAGCGACCUUACUGCACUUUCUUUAAUAAUCGAAAACCAGAAUUCCAACCGAAUCUCAAGAAUUGCACUUGGUACCAGGACAACUGCUGUUGCCGACAGGUCGAGAUUGAAGUUGCUUUCGGUAAGGUAAAAGCUCUGCAGGGUUCAACUCCAGCCUGUCAGAAAUACAUUAACUAUCUGAUUUGUUACAUCUGCGCUCCGACACAAUACGAGUUCUACGUUCGGCAGAGACUAAUGGUGUGCCGGGAAUUCUGCGAUCUUAUCUUCGACAACUGCAAACGCGCUAUUCUCAAGGGGUCUGAAAUCGGGGAGCUUUAUAAGAACGGGACGCAUUUCUGUAAGAGUCGGCGCUUUGAAGUCACCCCUCUUUCAUCCGGAGGAUGUUUUUACUUCAAUGACACAAUGGAUACGUCAUCAGAUGGUGUCAUAACGCAUCCUAUUGCUGUAUAUACUCUAUCAGCAGCUGCGAUGAUCAUAAUGAUGAUAGUGAAUUUUUGAGAUAGCAUUGGACUUGCGGGCUCAGCCUUCCCAUGAGAUAUAAACAACUCUAAACUCUAACCAAUAGAAAUAGGAAAUGCCAACGGGAAGAAAGUGGUGUUUUUCGAGGCGAUUCCGAAAACAUUUUUUCAUGGGGGCGGCCCCUUCCUGUUACUUAAACUUUUACAUCUCCUCUUGGUGUUAACAACCGUCAAGAGAAACACCUUGAGUUGUCAUAUUUGCCCCGGGUCUCAUUCUCCGGAUGUUGUGGAGUAUCUCUCGAACGGGACUCAUUCUGAUGAUUGAUGACCUCGGGGUCUCCUGAUGUUGGUAAAAUAUACCUCGAAGGGGAAUCGUGUGAUGAUCGUCUGGGUCUCAUUCUCCUGAAGUUGGUGAAAUUUACCUCGAAGGGGACUCAUUAUAAUAGACAUUAACUAUGGUGUGGCCAUCUUGAUUUUACUCCGACUCAUUGUAACCAAACUGAGGCUGGACGAAAUAUUAAACUGGUGCCAUGUUUGCGCAAUGAGUGUUAGCAUUCGUUACUGUUGUUAGAAACGGGAAACAUGUGAUAAAAGUCUAUUUGGUCUCAUCCUGAUGCCGGUGAAAUACCUCGAAAGGGACUCAUAUUGAUGAUGAUGGUCUAACCUCUAAAACAAUACUAUCUCGUUAGAGAGAUUCAUUCCCGAUCGAAACUCAUAUCACCCCGUGAGGAUGGACAUUUAAAUAGUUUGUAAUUUGUAAUGACAAAAGUAACAGCCUAAAGACGAAAGUGCUGAACAAUGUUGUCUAGGAGCAAUAUGUACUGCAUCAUACAUUUUAUGUUAAUGCUUUGACAGUGUCGAAAGUAAGCCAGUAUAGCUAAUAAUUGAGUGUGGCAAGUGAAAAUGUGCAAAUAAAGUGAGAAGCUCUUGUGAAUAAAUUGCCGUACACUCCGGGCAAUUGCACUCAUGACCAAUUUGUUGGGUCAGGGUAACCCGGAUUACGUGUUAAAAUGACCCCAGAGUUGGUCGAACUGAAGCAAGUAUCCUAGGUCCUUCCGCUGCUCAUUAUAGUGUAUUCGAAAUGAAGAUAUUUCUGCCUGCACCGCUCCAGAUUUUCGGCAAUAUCUCAAAAACAAAUUAAUGAAAAAAGAAAAUUAGCAGUCAAAAUUGCACACAAUGUAAAUUAUUAACGAUUUUUUACAACUAAAUAUUUAUAAGUAAAAUAUCCACCAAAUUUCCGCGCAAAAUUUAAUUCUUGAACGUACAGUACAUGUCUGUUGGUCGCAAGUAUAAUAUUUGAUAGUUAAGCCUUUUUAAAGUAAGUUUAAGAAUGCAAAUUGUAGAAAUUAAGUUGAGGCGGAAGUGUAUAAAAUCGGUAUUUAAAAUAUUUAAAAUUAUUUUAGUUUGGUGUAAAUUGUGACGACGUUUUAGCUUUUAAACAAAAAGUAAUGUUUUGUACUGAAAUAUUAAAUGGCUGAAAUGUGUUGUUAAAAAUAUAAAGGAAACAUAUGUGA